CAUCCUAAACCCUCUUUCAGCCUUAGUGAACCAUUGGCUAGGGUUUAAGGCCUAACCUCAUCCUCAUCGUCAUGGCAUGGUAAACCAUCCAUGGCCAUGACGGUUUCAGGGUUAAUCUUCGCCUGCAAGCCUCAUCUCUCUCUUCGUCCUCCUCUCUUCUACUGCUUUCACAAAACUCGGUUCAGUUCCGUUGCUGCAAUCAAUACGCUUGAUGACCCAAUAAGUUUUAUCAAAGAUGACAGUCAAGGCACUCCUUUUUCUCUUGGAAAAGAUGUGAGUAGAAAGGAAAGCAAAUUGGCACAGUGGAAGAAGCUUAAUUCUCAGGAUCUUGGAAUUAGCACUUCAAAGAUUUCCAAGCCGACAAGGAAAGUUCUUAAUGGGCUCAAAAGAAAAGGAUAUGAGGUUUACCUUGUAGGAGGUUGCGUUCGGGAUCUUAUUUUGAAGCGAACACCCAAGGACUUCGAUAUUAUCACUACAGCACAACUCAGAGAGGUGGUGAGAGCAUUUUCACGUUGCGAAAUAGUCGGAAGGCGGUUUCCAAUAUGUCAUGUGCACAUUGAUGAUACAAUAGUGGAGGUUUCAAGUUUUAGCACAGCUGCACGGAAUUUUGGUAGGGGCCCGACCUAUGAAAUUGAAAGACCUGCUGGUUCUGACAAGAAUGAUUUUGUUCGUUGGAGAAACUGUUUGCAACGAGAUUUUACAAUUAACGGGUUAAUGUUUGAUCCAUAUGAAAGGCUAAUUUACGACUACAUGGGAGGAAUUGAAGAUAUUAAAAAGGCUAAAGUUCGAACUGUGAUUCCUGCAAGCACAUCUUUUCAAGAGGAUUGUGCUCGGAUACUACGUGCAGUAAGAAUUGCCGCUCGGUUAGGCUUUAGUUUUUCUAGGGAAACAGCUCAUUUUGUCAAAAAUCUCUCUUCCUCGAUAUUGAGACUGGAUAAGUCAAGGCUUCUGAUGGAAAUGAACUACAUGAUGGCAUAUGGUUCUGCAGAAGCGUCUUUGAGAUUAUUGUGGAAAUUUGGACUCUUAGAAAUACUUUUGCCGAUUCAGGCAGAAUAUUUUGUUCGAAAUGGUUUCAAGAGGCGUGAUAAAAGAUCUAAUAUGCUCUUGUCUUUAUUUUCUAAAUUGGACCGACUGCUGGCACCGAACAGACCUUGUCACAGUAGUUUAUGGGUUGGAAUUUUAGCAUUCCAUAAAGCACUUUCAGACAAACCUAGAGACCCUUUCGUUGUUGCUGCGUUUAGCCUUGCCGUCCACAAUGGUGGAGAUAUAGCAGAAGCUAUAAGUAUUGCCAAGAGCAUCAAGAAAUUGCAUGAUAAUAGUUUUCAUGAACUAUCCGAACCAAAAGAUCUAGAGAAUCGGACAUUAGUAAAUGAGGUUAUGGAUCUUGCCACAUCUAUUAAAAGCAUCUUGUUCCAGAUGAAGGAUGAGCAUUUUGUCUCUCAAGCAAUGUCAGCAUACCCUCAAGCUCCAUUUUCAGAUCUGGUAUUUAUACCCUUGGCAUUGUAUUUGAAAGUUUGCAAGGUCUUCGAGUGUGUGACAAUGGGUACGGAGAAGGGAUUCGUAUCAAAGCAAGGCAGCCGGAUAGACUAUGAGUUGUUAGCAUUAGGAAGCCUGAGGGAAAUUCGACAUACAUUUGCUAGAGUUGUUUUUGAUACGGUAUACCCUAUUGACCGAGCCUAAGGUAAAAGAUGCUGCAUUUGAAGUGGUUGUAUGCAAUAGAAACGAAAAUA